CCCCUUCACAUUAUUCUCCCCUCUUUUCUGCUGUACAAUCUCCAAACAUUUCUCUCUUCCAAACUAUUGUAUCAAAUAUGGAGGCUAAACUUCUUGGUCCUCUUGUGGAUGUCACAAUAUCUAAGGUGAUUUCAGUUACUACUGAGCAACUCAACUUAGCAGUGGGAUUCAAGCAAGAACUCAAGAAGUUUCAUGUGAUGUUGAGAACGCUGGAGGGCGUGCUGCAAGAUGCUGAAGAGAAGAAGGUGACAAGUCACUCUGGUCUGCAACCUUGGCUUGAUGAGCUUGGAAAUAUAGUUGAUGAAGCUGACGAUGUGGUAGAUGAGAUUGCAUAUGAACAUCUACGGUACAAGGUAGCUCAAAUGUGGGAAAAGGUCAGCUAUUUCUUUACUCUUUCCAAUCCUUUAGCUUUUCGCCUUAAGAUAGCUAACAGGAUUAAGAAUUUAAACUUAGAACUAGAUGACCUUAAUAAGAGGGCCACUGGGUUAGGGUUGCAAUAUAGACUUGCAAGCAAGCAUCCUGAACAUAUAGAAACCCAACAAAUAGAUUCCUCAAUUGGUGAUCCAUCAAAAAUUGUAGGAAGAGAAAAUAAGGUCCUAGAAGUUGUUCAAUCAUUGAUUGACUCAAGUAAUGAUCAACCUCUCCUUGUUGUAUCCAUGGUGGGUAUGGGAGGCAUAGGCAAAACUACUGUGGCCAAACUAGUGUUAGAAAUGUUGCAAGCUGUUGCUGAAAAUGUUUCUGUGGAUGAAAGUCAACAUAUUGUAGUUCAGAAACUAAAAGAACAUUUGAGGGAGAAAAAAUAUCUUCUCGUAUUAGAUGAUGUAUGGAAUGAAGAUUGGCAAAAAUGGGAAUCCUUAAGGAGCUGUUUGUUGGGAAUAGGUAAAAAUGUUGGGAAUAGAGUUCUUGUCACAACUCGAAGUGAAAAUGUAGCUUCCACAAUGGGAACACUUUUGGAGCAUAGGCAUCAUCUUGAAAAGCUAACAAAUGAGGAUUGUUGGUCCAUAAUCAAGAAAAGAGCAUUUGGCAGCUCAUCAUUCCCUUUAGAAUUGGAAGGGAUUGGAAUGGAUAUUGCUAGCAAAUGUAGAGGUUUGGCAUUAGUUGCAAAUAUUAUUGGGGGGAGUUUGUGCAAUAAUAGGAAGAAGGAUGACUGGUUAUCAAUUAAAGAUAAUAGUGAAGUAUGGGGUUCAAUAGAAGAAGCUAAUGGAGUUCUGCGAGUGUUACAAUUGAGCUUCAAUCGCUUGCCAACACCUGCUUUGAAACAAUGUUUUGCUUUUUGCUCUAUUUUCCCUAAAGAUUUUGUCAUGGCAAAGGAGAUGUUAAUCCAGCUCUGGAUGGCUGAAGGAUUUCUUCAGCCUUUUAGUGAAAGAUACAUGGAGAUGGAGGAUAUUGGUGAUAGGUAUUUCAAUGCAUUGUCAUCAUAUUCUUUAUUUCAAGAUGCUGAAAGAGAUUCUUAUGGGAGCAUUAUUGCUUGCAAAAUGCAUGAUUUAGUUCAUGAUCUUGCAAAAUUUGUUUCAAAGUCCCAAACUUUGAUUUUGGAAGAUGGCAGUGGAAGGAAUAUUCCUACAAACAUUCAACAUUUAAAUGUCAUUUCUGGUAAGGGUAUGGCAGCGGCAAGAUUUGGGGAUGCCACUAAAAAAUUGCACACUUUGUUUUCACAAGUUGAUGUCUUUCACAGUAUGUCAAUGAAUUUGAGAAAGGUGCGGGUUCUUAGUUUUUGUGGUGCUAAUAUUGAUGAGUUGCCGGCUUUUUUGGGGAAAAUGAAGCAUUUAAGGUUCUUGGAUGUUUCAGGAACUAGAAUCAAAGAACUUCCUAGGUUCAUCACCAAGCUUUAUCAUUUGCAAACAUUUAGAUUUCUGUAUUGCUGGGAAAUCAACAGGCCUUUGGAAGGAAUAUGGGAUUUAGUCAAUUUGAGACACAUUUAUUUCAACCAGUGGAAUCUUAUGCCAGCAGGCAUUGGUAAACUAACUUGUCUGAAAACAUUACAAUUAUUUGUUGUAGCACAACAGAAGGGACAUCAAAUUGAAGAAUUGGGAUGUUUAAGCCAACUCAAGGGAAAAUUAGAGAUUCGUAAUUUGGAUAUGGUUAGAGACAAAGAAGAAGCCAUGGGAGCAAGACUUAUUGAAAAGGAUGCGAUUCAGGAGUUGCAAUUGGUAUUUGGUGAGGAAUACAAUGGUAGUGAAGAUAGAUGCAAACAUGAUGAAGAUAUCUUAGAAGGCCUCCAACGUCAUUCAAAUUUGAAAGGCCUUAUUGUUGAAAACUAUUGUGGAAAAAGUUGGCCUGCAUGGAUGUCAAAAAUAGAAAUUUCAAUGUUAGACAGGGUGAAUUUUCUCAAAAAUCUAGUGUUCAUGUCCCUUUAUCAAUGUCCCUGGUUGGAAAGAAUUCCAUCACUUUCACUCAAAAGUGAGGCAAAGGUGGAAAUUAAAAAUUGCAAGAAUUUGAAAAGCAUUGCAUGUUGGUUCCUUCAGAAACUCAUCAUUGUGGACUGUGAAGAACUGGUUGAGGUAGGGGUUGGACCAGUUGCCAUGAAGUCUCUCAAAGAAGUACAUAUAGACGGUUGUGGUAAAUUGGAAAAUCUUCUGAUGAUUAGUAAAGUUCAAUCGCUUGAAAAACUUGAACUUCGGCGUUGCUCGGAAUUGAGGAUGAUUGGGGACGAUGCUCGAUUUGCCUCCACGUGUCUGCAAGAGUUAAAUAUUGACGGAUGUGGUAGCUGUGGGACAUUGAAAAGCAUAGGGGAGAGUUCAUCUACCGCUACGUGUCUCAAAAGGUUGAGCAUAAUAGGUUGUAAUGGUCUAACAUCCCUUCCGAGCCUCCAUGGGCUUUCAUCUCUUCAGACUUUAUCGAUAGAGGGUUGUGAUGGAUUAAGAAGUUUGCCAAGUGGGUUGCCAUCAUGCACUGCUCUUGAGGAAUUGGAUAUCUCCAACUGUCAUGAUCUAAUCUCUAUUCCAGAUGAUUUGAGGAGGAGCUGGAGCAUCCCUAAUCCUGCCUGCCUUGCUCGCCUGAAGAGGCUAACUAUUGGUGGUUUCUCAACAGAGCUCAAGGAAUUUCCAGAUCUGGGCUUCAUCGGAUCUCAUCUUCAAUAUAUGACUUUGAUUGCAUGGGGAGAACCAAGAGAAUGUCUGCUGGAUCAAAUUCAACACCUAACUGCCCUUAGGUAUCUCGUGAUAAGGGAUUUUGAUGGACUGGAAGCUUUGCCAAAUUGGUUUGGAAACUUAUCCUCUCUUCGAACUCUGUUUAUUUUGCACUGCAAAUCUCUAAAACAUAUGGAAGCCAUCCGAUGCCUCUCCAAACUAGAAGUCCUUUGUAUUAAUGGAUGCCCCGAGUUAAAGGAAAGAUGCGCAAGUGGAAGUGGUUCCGAGUGGGACUACAUCUCUCACAUUCCACAUAUCGAAAUAGAGAACAGAAUUAUCCAAUUCCAUAGAGAUCCCAUUGAGAUUCCUAGUCGGGUGCAUCAGGGUGAUGAUAAUGAGCAAUUACCAGCGCGGGCUACAGGUUUGAGACGCUUCAUUUGUUGCAGAAACUAAUAAAACAGAAAGUAAAACAAGAUCAAAAGUUGAAGGCGGGCAUCAUGGCUUGGUAGCCCAACCCAGACCAUAGACUUCAAUGCUGAUUGUGAGGGUGAAAAUAAGAUUCAGAGCCAGGCAUAAAAGAGGAUACAAUUUUAAAAAAUGAAGUUGCUCAAACAAGUAUUGUGAAUGCAUGUAGGUUUGUCAAAUGUCAAUUAUCUCAUUCUGUAUGAGAUUUACAUAUCUGCUAUAUAGAUAAUGUAUGUUGUGUAAAAAGGCUGCAUCAUUUUGCAGCUUCUAAUUCUUCAAAUUAAUCUGCAAGCAAUCAGUCUCUAAAACCUUAUGUGAUGUUGGUGACACCAUGCUAAAAGGCCAAAGAGCCAAGCACGACAAUCAUCUCAAAAACCAUUGAGACCUUUUGAUUUUUAUAAGAUCCAUACAUGAAUUCAGUUGCAGACUUGUAAAGAUUUUGAAUUCAAACUUUGAGGAAUCUAUAACUAUGGGGGAUUCAGACUGUGGAGAAGGAAAUGGAAAACAAGUUGAUGAAUGCAAAACAUGGAUUGGAGUUCUGUUAGGUGUUAUGGUUUCCAUAGGGUUUGAUUGCUGUAUUUGUAGACUUGUAAAGAUUUUGAAUUCAAACUUUGAAGAAUCUGUAACUAAGGGGGAUUCAGACUGUGGAGAAAGAAAUGGAAAACAAGCCAGUGUAAUUAACUUUUGAAUUUUUUGUUUAUUUAAAGCAUUGGUUUUUCUUUAAUUUUCUAGACUGAUGUUUGUGGUUAUGAUCCAGAUUGUUGGUUGUUUUAAUUUGUCCACAGGAUUGCAAAACAUGGAUUGGAGUUCUGUUAGGUGUUAUGGUUUCCAUAGGGUUUGAUUGCUGUAUUUGUAGGUUAUUCAUUGGCCUUGAAACACCUAACAAAAUGUUCAUCGAACAAGCAAAAAGCAAUUGGGAAGGCACUGUCACCAAGAGAAAUUAAGAAUGAUUCUGGUCUGUUUCUGGAGAGUUGUCGUUGACUAAGCUUUGCCCCAGACUCUAAGGACAUCUCAAUCCAUAGUGACUCUUAACUCCUUUAAGGGAUUUCAAGAUGAAAACAGUAAGAGUCAACCAUGAGAACCAGUAGCUAACCAUGGAGAUCAAUGGUGUGGUAUUGUAGACCCAGUGGCGGCGAACGUGAUUUGCUCAAUAUGUUUUGUGUCUUGAAAUGGUGAUGAAGAGAUUUGAACCCACUUUCCAACAUAGGUUGCACUUCUCCUGACAAUUCAUCCAACACCAGCUGUGCAAAAAAAAAACAAAAUCAGUUUACACUUGUAGUUUCAUUUAUGCCAGCAACCCGAUGAUGAUAUGGCAAGUCUCCCAAGUGAAGAAAUAUCAUCAAGAUCAAUCAAUGCGAGUGGAAGAUGCAUAAGUCUUUGUGGUGAGCAAGUGCCAUAUUCUGUCAAAUUUGUUGCUAGCUAACAGACAUGAAAUGUGGAAG